AUGCGCGAGAGUGUUCCAGACGACGUCGUAGAAGACAUCCUGGGUCACCUACCAGUGAAAUCCUUAACCCGAUUCAGGUGUUUUUCGAAAUCUUGGAACUCCAUCAUCACUGACACCACUUUCAUCAACAAACACUUGAAGCUCAAUCUCAACCAAUCCGAAUCAUCAAUGUCUACAAACACUCACAGUGGGUAUUUGCUAUAUACUACAGAGGAUAAGGAUAGUUCAUCAUCUUCCAAAGAAUUGUGUACGGUUGCUUGCAACAAGGACCGCACACUGACCCAGGUUUCUAGGUUUGAAAUCCCCCCUUUUUUUGACAAGUACAUGAUUGUUGGUUUCUGUAAUGGCUUGUUCUGCCUAGCUAGUCCUGAGAAAGAACUUUGUCACGUUAUUUAUUUGUGGAACCCAAGUAUUAGAAUGUUGAAGAAACUUGUAGCUACUCGCUUUAAUCGCAAGCAUAAUGAAAGAGCCGCUAUUGGAUUUGCUUAUGAUUCUCUGAACAACGACUUCAAGAUUCUUAGAAUUGUGUGUAAUGCGAUGUUCAAUGGAUCAGAAGCUGAAGCAGAGAUUUACACGUUAAGUUCAGAUUCGUGGAGGAAGGUUGUAACAUCAAUGCAGUCCUUAAGAGGGUGUGAAGUGACUGAACCCAAACUUGGGACUAUUUGUUGUGUUUGGGGUCCCUUUUCAUUUUAUAAUGGGGCUCUGCAUGCUUUAGCAUUUACCACCGGCUAUUUAUACAUUUUGUCCUUUGACAUUAGCGAUGAGAGCUUCCAUGAGAUAAUGAUGCCUCGUAAUCACUUAGAUGGCGCGACUAAUUAUUUCAAUAAACUUGCAGUGUACAAGGGAUUGCUGGCUAAUUUUGUUUUUGCUCAUGAUUUUGGCAAUGAGCAUGAUGGGAGGGUCUUAUGCCACGUAUGGGUUAUGGAGGAGUAUGGUGUGCCCGAGUCUUGGACUAGAAAAUUUGUGAUGGAAUGGGCUUGGACGUUUCAUUUCUUUGGCUGCACUAACAAUGGUGAACUUCUCAUUAAGAAUGCCACUGGGCUGGCUUCAAUUGACCCUGAGAAUCAAAAUCAGAACAUUCUUCCAAUUGAAAAUGCUAAUUGGGUGGCUUUCUCAGCUAAUUCAAUGGAGAGCUUGGUUUUACUUGAUCGGGUUUACACAGAUCGAGAGAGUGAGAGAGAGGAGGAAGAGGAGAAGAACUCCAAUGUUUGCUCAAUGGAUGACCUAGGCGGUGCUUUGGGCAGCGGUGGUGGCCUAGGCGGCAGCAGCAGCAGCAGCAGUGGGCUGGACGGCAGUGGCGAUGGCCACAGCAGGGUGACUCUUCUUUAUAGAGCUUUGCCUCUUGGAACUGUUCUUGCUAGCAGAAAUAUAACCACUGAUAUGACCAAGGAUUUUCUUAAUUUAAGGAUGAACACAAUUUACUUUCGUACAAUUAAGACAUAA